AUGAAGUUCUUCAACGUCGUCCUUGUUGCUGCUCUUGCUGCUUUCGCCAAUGCUGCUGCUGUGCCUAACGCCGAACCUGCUUUGGACACCAACCCUCUUGAGAAGCGCUGCAAAGGAGCUCACAGCCCUUGCUAUGCCGCCAGCGAAUGCUGUAACGGCGUGUGUGUCAGGGGUGGCACUGUCAACAAGUUCACCAAGUACUGCAAUUAA